CGACGUAUCAAAUUUCACACAAACACAUUCACCAUGAAGCUUUCCUCUACAACGCUGACGCUUGCGGUCGCUACCUUACUUGCGGCUGUCAGCUCCGCCACUCCCGUGAUCCAGAAGCGUAUGGCUCCAGCUUUCAGCGACGAUGACCUCCAAAGCUUAAUCGGACGCUCCAUGAGCAUCGAGAGCGACGAAGACGAGAUGACUUUCUUCAAGCGCGCCAGCCAGCACGGCUUUCAGACGCCAGGCCUCGACCUCUCUUGCAAGGACAUCAAGCCGAACAGCUAUAGCCCCACGAACACAUUCUGUAAUGGCAGGAGCACCAUCCUCUACGGUGCUGCCGACUACAACAUCGACAAUUACACUGCCGGUAAUCAAUACGGGCUGAUCUACUGCUCGGGCAUGAUACAACCAUUUCAGUCGUUGCAGCUCAACACGUACUUCGUUCCCAUAAAGGCCGGCAAUGGCCCCGCAAAGGUCGAUGUCCUCUCCAACAUCACACCGAACAAUCUUCCCGAGGACAUCGCCACGUCUAAGAGCUUCUCGUACAAAUUCAACGUCACAGUCCCCUUUGCCCUGGGUAUGUGGUAUUACAUCAUCGAAGAGGUUUUCACGAUCCCGGGCAAGGGACAGCAACUCGGCAAGCUUUAUCAGAGGCAGUCCUAUCCCGUUAUUGUUGUCGAUGGCAAUGCGUGAAAGCUGCCCCUUUUCAAGCUUCGACGUCGUCAGCCGCUUCGGCCCAAGCGAAUACUGUCUUCCGCCUUUGAGUCAUCCUCCUAUGGCUAUCGAUCUCUCACCACCCUCCCCUUACUUUCCCGUGAUGAGCCCUGACUUCCCCCAAGCGAUGAUGAGACCCCAAUAUAAACCUUUUUAAAGGGCU